CACAGGCGAGGUCAGGUGACGGGCUCAGAAUGACUUAGCAGCAAGUACGAUGGCGGAGCGGAGCACACUGUACUGGGGUUCGGGCUCUCCGCCCUGCUGGCGUGUGAUGAUCGCGCUGCAGGAGAAGCAAAUACUGGACGUGCCGCAUAAACUGCUGUCGUUCGACAAACAGGAACACAAGUCACCCGAACUUCUGGCACUAAAUCCCCGUGGAGAACUCCCCACCUUCAUGUAUAAAGGCAACAUCGUGAACGAGUCGAUGGCGGCGUGCCUGUACCUGGAGAGUCAGUUCAAGGCCCAGGGCAACCAGCUGAUCCCAGACGGCCCAGCAGAGCAGGCUUUGGCGUAUCAGAGGAUGUUCGAGGUGGUAACUCUGCACCAGAAAAUGGCUGACUUUCUCUUUUACAACUGGAGAGUUCCAGAGUCCGAACGACAUGAAAUAGCACUGGCAAGGAACAAGUCUUUGCUGUCCACAGAGUUUAAACUCUGGGAAGGAUAUCUGCAGAAGAUGGGACCACGCUCAUAUAUAGCAGGGAAGAACUUCACCAUGGCUGAUGUCAUGCUAUUUCCACAUCUGGCCUUCUGCGUCCGAUUUGGACUCUCUCAAAAGAGGUACCCCAAUCUGCUGGAUUACUACAACCGAGUGAAGGAACGGCCGAGCAUCCAGGCCACCUGGCCCCCCCACUGGAAGCAGAACCCUCCGACCAUGGACUCUCUGAAGGACGCCUGAGGGGCCUGUUCUCACCAGACACACACAUUCCAUGUGGGCUGCCAGCUAGCUCACGUUCAGACAUAUCAAAUGUAUAGUGCUGACAUAUUCAAGAGGAGGGGGGUGAUUCAAACUUUUGAAUAAAUGUCACAAGUUUUAUUGAGAA